UCCACAGCCAUACGGUUUUAGGGCUUAAACGAAGAAAAUUGAAGCCGGAGAAGAGGGCUCUUCAUUAGGAAGGAGCUGUACUGUCUUAUCCAAAUCGUCCAACAAACAAAAGGAUGGAUCGUUAUCAGAAGGUGGAGAAGCCUAGAGCAGAGCAACCAAUUGAUGAGAAUGAGAUCCGAAUUACUAGCCAGGGAAGGAUGCGAAGCUAUAUCACCUAUGCAAUGACAUUGCUUCAGGAAAAAGGUUCAUCAGAGAUUGUAUUCAAAGCAAUGGGAAGAGCCAUCAACAAGACUGUUACUAUUGUGGAAUUGAUAAAGAGGCGAAUUGUUGGGCUUCAUCAAAAUACAUCCAUUGGAUCCACAGACAUAACUGACACCUGGGAACCCUUAGAGGAAGGAUUACUUCCCCUUGAGACAACAAGGCACGUUUCAAUGAUCACUAUAACUCUCUCCAAGAAGGAGUUGAAUACAUCAUCUAUUGGGUACCAACCACCAUUGCCAGCUGACCAGGUCAAGGUGGCGACUGAAUUUGAAUAUGAUGGAGAAGGAUCACCAACUGCAAGGGGCAGAGGUCGUGGUGGAAGGGGAAGAGGGCGUUCUAGACCUGCACCAGGAAAUGGUUACGGACCAGAUGAGUAUGAUGAUGGGGGUUGGGAUGGUCCCGGUGGGUAUCCUCCCAGGGGGAGAGGAAGGGGAAGGGGACGUGGGUUCCGUGGGCGUGGAAGGGGAAAUUACAAUAAUGCCCCUUACAUGGACACUCAACAGGAAGUAGGAGGUUACAACAACCAAGAGUCUCCAAGGGGUAGGGGUCGUAAUUUCCGUGGGCGUGGAAGGGGUGGCUACAACAAUGGCCCUUACAUGGAAAACAACCAACAAGAUUUUGGUGGGUACAACAAUCAAGAGUCUCCCAGGGAUGUUGGAGGCUAUAAUCAAGAAUUUCGAGGGCGUGGUCGUGGGAGGGGGACACGUGGCAGGGGACGUGGGUUCAGGUCAACCAGGCCAAAUCAAGGUGCAGGUGUUGGUGGUGGUGAUUAAAAAAAAGGUGGCUAUGUUUUUUUUUUAUCAUGAGUGUUUGGAUGAUGAUGCCUGGCAUUUCUAUGUUUGGUUUUUGAAUUUUUUUUUUUAUUAAAAGUUUGGGAUAAUUUGACUUAGGAAAUGAGUUUGUACCAAAAGUGUAGACUAAGUUUUAGUACUUUUUUUUAUUGUUAUUUGAUUUUUUCAAUUUUUAUUGUAAUUUUUGUUCUUGAUUUUUGGCUGUAGGAUUUAUAGUUCAUGUGUUUGAUUUUCUAGUAUUGCAACCAUGCAAUUUAGACUCUUGAUUCGCCAAA